AUGAACAAACUGACCGAUAUUUUCACAGACGUUACUCAUAGACAUAAGUUUCCUGAAAAAUUGUGUGUGUGUGAUGACGCCAGGCAAAUACAGCAGCUGUCCUAAGAACCUUUUCAGGUCUUAAAAGACUGUCCCUAGUUGUAGCCCACUGCCUUAGGCAUAUUAACAACGUUUCGGCUGAAAAACAAGGCGAUGGAAAUUUCCAUGACGGAAGGUGCCAUUAGGGGAUGCUAAUACGCGUGACGACAGGUGAGGUAGCUCAUUGUCCAAACGUUGUUCGCCCGCUCAACAUCAGACUGCUGUUGAAGAAACAAUGGAGACCAAGAACGACGUAGACGUCAAGGACGAACUUCUGUACAACAACUCAAAGGAUGCUGAAGCUGCCGAGAAAUCCAGUGAUGAGGAAACCCCUAAGAGAGACCAAUGGAGCGCCCAGAUAGAUUAUCUCCUGUCCAUGAUUGGCUACUGCGUGGGCCUGGGCAACAUAUGGCGGUUUCCGUAUCUCUGCUAUCGCAACGGCGGAGGAGCGUUCCUGAUCCCAUACGUCAUCAUGCUGGUGCUUGCCGGGAUACCCAUGUUUUUCAUCGAGCUGGCCCUGGGGCAGUACGCCGGGCUUGGGACGUUACCUGUGUGGGACUGUCUGCCCAUACUGAAAGGCAUUGGAUACUCCAUGAUUCUCAUAUCUUCCUGGACCGCCAUCUACUACAACAUGAUCAUCGCCUGGGCCCUGUACUACCUGUUCGCCUCCUUCACCAGCCAGCUGCCGUGGCACCACUGCGGACACUGGUGGAACACGCCGUCCUGCGUGGAGUCGUGGGACGUGGCCAACAGCACGACUAACGCCACCAACUUCACACGAGUCAGCCCCAGCGAAGAGUACUGGCACCAUCGAGUCCAACAGUACUCCAGCGGUAUCUCUGAGACCGGGAAGAUGAGCUGGGAACUGUCUCUGUGUCUGCUGCUGGCAUGGGUCACGGUCUUCUUCUGCCUUUUCAAGGGAGUCAAGUCCACUGGAAAGGUAGUGUACUUCACCGCCACCUUCCCGUACAUCAUGCUGCUCACGCUGCUGAUCCGCGGCGCGACUCUCCCCGGGGCGAUCGACGGCGUGCUCUUCUACAUCACCCCGGACUUCAACAGGCUCACAGAAUAUCAGGUCUGGUACGACGCGGCUUCGCAGAUUUUUUACUCCCUAGCCAUCGCGUUCGGAGCUGUGCUGACUAUGGCAAGCUACAACAAGUUCAACAACAACAUCCAGAGGGACGCCAUCCUGAUCCCGCUGAUCAACUGCGGCUCCAGCGUGUUUGCCGGCUUUGCCGUCUUCUGCUUCAUCGGCUUCAUGUCGCACGAACUCAAGGUGGAGGUCAAAGACGUGGUCGCGUCAGGACCCGGACUGGUGUUCAUAGUCUACCCGGAAGCCCUGACCCUGCUCCCGGCUUCCCCGUUCUGGGCCAUCUGUCUGUUCUUCAUGAUCCUGACGCUGGGUCUGGACAGUAUGUUCAUGACAGUGGAGACCAUCACCACAGCCCUCGUAGACGAGUUUCCGAAGCUGCUGUCAAAGUACAAGACUUGGCUGCUUCUCGGCUUUUGCGUCAGCAUGUAUCUGCUCGGGCUUACUCAAUGCACUCAGGCUGGUAUCUACUGGCUGAACCUGAUGGACUGGUACGCGGCUGGGUUCUCUCUCUUCGUGACGGCCUUCUUCCAGGCGAUCGGAAUUUCUUGGAUCUACGGAAUCAAACGUUUCAGCGCCAACAUCAAGGUCAUGAUCGGACACGAACCAAACAUCUACUUCAAAAUCAGCUGGAUGUUCGUCUCGCCGGCGCUGAUGCUGUUUAUCCUUAUCUUCAGCCUGGUGACCUACAGUCCAGUGCAGUAUAACGGCAUUGAGUACCCGGGCUGGGCGGUGAACCUGGGUCUGCUCAUGGCCUUCUCCUCCAUCCUCAUGAUACCACUGGUCGCCAUCCUGACAAUAUGGCGGCAAGAAGGGACCAUUCUCGAGAGAAUUCGUGCAGCAUGUCGACCCGCCGCUAGAUGGGGUCCGUCCAGCUCAGCACCCAAACCCGAACCGGAUGUGACGUACAGCGUCAAUAACGGGAAGCUCUACCCGGACGUGAAGAUUCUCCACGCUGAUGCCAAAGUUGGUGACGAAGACCCUGACUCGGCCCUCAUCAAAGUGUCACAUAUAUGAACCUCUGAAGUUGAAAAAAAAAACGGGAAAAACUUGUCAAAAUAAGAGCUUUAGUUAUUUAUACCAUCUAUUUAGUAAAAUGUAAAUCCCGAAAAUUAAUGGGAUAAUGGGGAUGCUAUCCCAUUAAUUCACCAUAUAGAGAAGUAUUGAAUCUCGUUCCGGUAAAUUAAUGAGACAGUAGGGGUGCUAUCCCACUGAUUCACCAUAUAGAGAAUUGUGGUGGCACAUAAGGUGAAAAAUACGUAGUACUAGUAUACAAAUAACAAACACUUAUUCCAUACUACCGAUUAGCGCUUUUUUGAAGUCGAAUACUUUUCAGUACUAAAUAAAUGGGAUAAAUAAUCAAAAAGAAGGGAUAGAUGUUUUAAGCUGCACGCACAAAGUAAAGAAUGACAUGUGUCAUCUUUCUGCAUGUUUUUACCAAGGACUUGGUGUUAUAUGACUUAAUAUCAAGCAAUGUUCACGGUAUCUCGCUCGUGUGUCAACUCGGUGUCUACAAGGUGGCUACUGGUGUUUAUGAAAUUACGUUUUAUACUUAUAUCAUUACACUAUAUAUGUAAAAAGAAGGAAAAGUGAGUUGAUACUCGUAAUCGAUUCGGUUGCACAUAACGAUGGACGUAAUCUGCCAUGUACGAGCUAUUACAUUUUGUAGAUACUAUUUACUUUUGUAUUCUUAAUCUGCGUGUAGGAUCCAUGGUAUC